AUGUCGCGAAUGGCUUUCGAUCCCUCCGAAGUUGAUCGUCCUCCACCCCCUUACGAGCAAAUCUGCAACGACUGGAACCCUCUUGUCGUUGGAAAAGACGGAUGGCUCUACACCAAAGACACUGCUCAAAGCACCACCGGCUUCUGGUGCAAGACCAUCAGAAACGAUCCCACCAAACUCUCCCGCUCGUUCAACGACAUAAUCCUCCUCCAUUGCGGCAUCAGCGAGUACGGAGAAGAAGGCGGAGAACCAGACUGUACCUUUACCUGCGGCCUACUGCCUCGCAACUCUACAAUUGACAAACAGAGUAUCGCAAACCUGUGCGGUGGGAUUGCGUGGGGUGCUCGAACGCAUCGAGGUCUUGAUCUAGAAUACUGCGAAUGUACCUUUCAAGAUCUGCGGCGUGGAGUGAGAUGCGACAAAGGCGGCCGUUGGUUCUAUAGGUUCUUGGAUCGCUUCAUGGCUUGGAAGGUCAGGCGGUGGAUGGAGAGGCAUGAUAAACUAUGUGGUUGCAAUUGCUUCGAUACGCCUGUCUCGAGCGGUGAUCUUCCGCUGUAUACCAAGUCUUAG